UUAAUUUUUAAAUAGCUAUUCUAUAUUUUCUUACUAUGUUAUAUACUAUGAGAGUAAUAAUGUUAAUUUUAUUAACUUUUAAAAUGUUCAACAUUUAAGAGUAUAAUGGAUAUUUCACUCUAUUUCAAAUAGUUAAUUUUGUAACUAAUUAAAAACCUACCAUAUAAAACUUAUGGUCUAUUAAGACUAAAAAAAGGUGAAAUGAGUUGUUUUAAGUGUAUACGUUUUCAAAAAGAGAAGUAAUAAAUUAUGUUUGGCAAAGAGAAUUUCAAGAUGUUUAUAUCAUGUUUGAGUAUACAUUACUUUGUUUUACUUUUCUUUAUUUUAUGGUUAAGAAAAUAAAAUACAUUUAUUUGAUAAAUAUCAGCUGUAUAAUAAUAUAUUGUGAACAAAUUAUAUGUAUACACACGCAUUCCAUUCUAAGAGAUAAAGAAUGCUGGAAUUAUAUUUUCAUAGCUUAAGGUUUGUAUGUAUCUUUAAAUAGGAAUAGUAAAAAUACAUUUACAUAACUCAUAUUUGUAUUUAGUUUUAUUAUAAAUUAUGAUUUUAUAAAAGAUAUUGAAAACGUCAAGAUAAAGUUUUAUUCUUUUUGGAUUGGUGUAUGAUAGGUGGCGCGACUUUCAACAUAAUAAAAUGGCCGAAAAUUGAUUUUUCUACGCGGACGUGAGAUCCGUCAAGUUUUUUGCGUUUAUUCAGGAAUAAACAGCAUUAAAUGUUAAUAAACAGUAAUAUUCUGAAACAACGACAAUUAAAUUGGUACAAAUUGUGAUUUAUUUUAAGAACAGUUACCACAAAUGAUUCGUAUAACGUGAAGAAUCUGUACAUCACAAUAUCUGGCGCAGAGGCGGUUGUUAAAUUUCUAAUGUUUUUUCGAAACAAGAAUUCGCGCCUAAAUGAGUGCUAAAGGGCAGCACAAUUGCGUUUUGUGUGACUCGAAAUUAGAAUCCAAGGAAGCUUUGCAGGCACAUUUUAGGAAACAUGCUAAUAAAGAAAUAGAUACUCGUGGUAGACCUGUAAAAUCAAAUAAAAAUGCAGAUACUCAGUGUGACAUGUGUGGACAAACAUUUGACUCGAUUACUGCAACAAUACGACAUAGGUUUAAGGUCCAUCCAAAUUCACCAACAAAAUUUUACUGUCAUUACUGUGGGAUGCAAUUUCCUUUAAAAACACAUAGAGAUAAUCAUCAAGCAUCGCAUGAUUCAUCUGAAAGUGAAAGGAAAGAACAACACAAGAAAUGUGAAGACUGUGAUGUAUUAUUUUAUAAUGAGAAAGCUUUAGAUUAUCAUCAUCGUUCUAUACAUAAGAGAAUGGUGCAUCUCUUUCAACCAAUUGCUACACCUCCUCCUAGCAAUAAAAUCAAAGUAAAUUCAAUGAAUGAUGCUCUUAGUGUAUAUUACUGCCAUUUGUGUGGUGCUGAAUAUGUUAUAAAAUUUAACUUACAACAGCAUUUAGAACGAGCUCAUACUCAAGAAGAAAGAGAAGCUGUUCCUGAAGACUUAAUAAAAUGUACAGUUUGUGCUGCUUUGUUUUGUAGUAAAAAAGCAUAUGAAGUACAUAAUAGUUAUCAUUCACCAAAUGAUUUAUAUGUAACAUCAGAAGAACAAAGGUUGCAAACUGUAACUAAAGUAGAUCAGGAUUUUGACAUUAGACGGGUUGAAGGAGUUGCUGAUAAGUAUGUUCCAAAACCUAAUACACCUAAAAGGCCUGCUAAAAAUUGGUCAAAGCCUAGGAAAACACUGAAAAUAGAAACAAAAGAAACAGAAGAUUAUUCUUCUACAGAUGAAGAUGUUACUAAUGAAUCCAGUGAUUCAGAAAGUGAUCUUCCAUUAAAACAGAGGAUUUGUAGCUAACGGAGGUCUUUCAUUAUUUAUGAAGUAUUUCUAAUAUGUUUAUAAAUUCUUAAAUAUCAAAACUGUAUCAAAAUGUUAUUGUAAAGUUGUCUUGCAAAUUUUACAUUACGCUACUCACUGUUAGUAUUUUCGUACUAUUAUGUAUGCAUAUUUUCGUUUAUUUAAUUUACCUUCCGAAAAUAUUUUUCUGUCUGUGGUAUUAUUUAGUCAUUAAUGUAAAUAUAUUAUCUGCACUUACAUAGAAUGCUUUUAUACUGUUGUGCAAAAAAUAGAUUUGUACCUUUAUAAAUGUUUGUGUA